AUAUUUUGUUUCAUUUUUUUUAAGAUAUCGAAUAUGUAAUAACACAAUCCUAUUGGUUGGUGAACCUAGAGGUUCACCUUAGGGAAUGAACCCAAGAAUAAGUCAAAAGUUUAUUCUACGAAAUUUCUCAAAAGAAAAAGAAGAAAAAUAAAAAUUUAUCCACACUUUAAACUAUUAAGUUGUUCAAAAAAAAACCUAUAAAGCUGUAAAUGAUAGACAAAAAAAUGGAAGUUAAUAAAAUUGGAUGGAAUAACAUAAAUUGAAUACAUGAAAAAUGUAAGAAAUUUGUUCCUUAUCAAAAUUGUAGAUGAAUGUAUAUGAAUAUUUUUCUUUGUAUUUUUGUGAACAUGAAUUAGAAUGGAUAGAAUGAUAUUUCUUUCUCAUUUUUUAAAAGUUGUGAAAUUAAUGGAAUAGUCCAUUUCAAAUAAUUUAUUCCAUAAACUUGUGGAUCCAGUUGGAGCCUUGGCCAAUAACUACAAUGAUAUUAUCUAAAGGUUUAAAAAGCUCCAAUGAUAGGUAAGAUUAAAGGUUUUUGAAGUAUGUAUGAUACUAAAGGGAAAUGAAUUCAUACUAUAAAGCUGAAGUAUUAGUCCUGUGUAAUAUUUAAUUUGAAAAGAUAAUUCCAUUGAUUGGAGAUGGAAAAGGUAUAAUUGCGAGUAUUUUAGGAACGUGUCAAAAAAAUUGUAAACUAUAAAGCUAAUGCAAUAGUUUGAGCAAAAUUUGAAUUGUCUUUUUUUUUUUUGGUUUCUGCACGUAGUAUAGUUGUUUCUUGGUUUUAUAAGAAAACAAGAGUGACGACCCAAAAAAACAUUGUUUAAUUUUCUUAGUGAUAUUUUGGGAUUAAUUAUGAUGAUUUUUAACCAUUAAAGUCUAGUUUUUGAAUUAAUACAAAGUAGAUACACAUCUUCUAUUUAAUUAAGACUUGAACAGAAUGAGGAAACAACAAAUGUUUGUUCUUCAUUUGUAAACUAAAAAAGAAGAGUUUCGAUAUUCAUUACCAGCCAAAACCAUGUCCGCCGUGAAGAAAGUCUCCUCCUUCAAGCUCGCCUCUCUCCUCCGCCGCGAGAAUGAUCCAUCCGCCGCCAUCAAGCUUUUCCGAAACCCUGAUCCAGAAUCAACAAACCCACAAAAACCCUUCAGAUACUCGCUUCUCUGCUACGAUCUCAUCAUCACGAAACUCGGCCGCUCCAAAAUGUUCGACGAGCUUGACCAGAUCCUCCUCCAGCUCAAGAAUGACACUCGCAUCGUCCCAACGGAGAUCCUAUUCUGCAACGUGAUCAAAUACUUCGCCCGCGGAAGAUUGCCAACACGUGCCCUCCACGUGUUCGACGAAAUGCCUCAGUACCGAUGCCAAAGAACAAUGAAGUCAGCGAACUCUCUGUUGAACGCGCUCUUAAAGUGCGGAGCUUUCGAUGAAACGAAGGAAGUUCUCACGAGGGUUGGUGAGUUCGGUAAGCCAGACGCUUGUACUUACAAUAUACUGAUCAAUGGAUACUCUCAGAGCGGGCGUUUCGAUGAGGCCUUGAAGCUAUUCGACGAAAUGGUCAAGAAGAAGGUGAAACCCACUGGUGUAACCUUUGGAACAAUCAUUCGUAUGCUGUGUAAUGAUUUGAAAGUGAAGGAAGCGUUGAAGAUGAAGCACGAUAUGUUGAAAGUGUAUGGAGUGUUUCCCACGGUACACAUCUAUGCAUCGUUGAUCAAAGCGUUGUGUCAAGUUGGUGAAUUGGGUUUGGCGUUUAAGCUAAAGGAUGAGGUUAAAGCAGACUCAGCUAUCUACUCUACGUUGAUCAGCUCGCUUAUAAAAGCUGGAAGGUCAGACGAGGUGUCAGGGAUCUUGGAGGAGAUGAGGGAAAUGGGAUGUGAACCGGAUACAGUGACUUACAAUGUACUGAUUAAUGGGUUUUGUCUUGAGAAUGAUUUAAAAUCAGCUUAUAAAGUUUUGGAUGAGAUGGUUGAGAAGGGUUUGAAACCAGAUGUUAUAAGCUACAACGUGAUACUUGGCGCCUUGUUUAGAAUCCAAAACUGGAAAGAAGGAGCUUACUUGUUUGAAGAUAUGCCUCGGAGAGGUUGCGUCCCUGAUGUCUUAUCGUAUAGGAUAGUUUUCGAUGGGCUUUGUGAAGGUUUACAGUUCGAAGAAGCAGCGGUUAUAUUGGAUGAAAUGGUUUUUAAAGGGUACAAGCCUAGGAGGGAUAGACUAGAGAGGUUUCUGCAAAGGCUAUGUGAGAGUGGAAAGGUGGAGAUUCUUGGUGAUGUUAUCAGUAGCUUGAAUAAAGGGAAGGCUCUUGAUGAUGCUGACUUUUGGUCGGUUACAGUGCCUGAAGUGUGCAAAGAACCUGUUCUAUCAGAUUCUAUUGAUUUGUUGUUGAACAAAUUGAAGAAAGAGUGUCCUUAAAGGUGAUGGAAAACUUGAUUUUCCAGCAAAACAAGC